AUGGCGACCUCUGCAGCAGAAUUUGAAAGAGAGGAGGAUGAGGACCAAGCCAUGGCUGGUUUGAAGUGUGCUUCGUGUGAUCAGCCGCCACGGGACGGUAGGCUGAUUCGAUGCCUGCAUACACUGUGUGCGCUGUGUGUUGAACCACAUAUCAAAGACGACAACACCAUUCAUUGUCCGAACUGCGCGGAGAUCACGCCUUCUCCAGGUCCUAGGCGAUCUCAGAUGCAAUCGCUGCCCAGAGCUCCAGUGGAGAACAGUGCUGUUGCUAGUGCCGAUUCUUCAUGCAGCACCAGAUCUGCACGUGUUGUGUGCGAGGAAUGUGAUGAGGAAGAAGCAGCUACGUUCAAAUGCCACGACUGCUCCAUAUUCUAUUGUACGCUACAUGGCAAGGGCCACCUCAAGUCGAAGUCCACCAAAAGUCACAGAACUGAGCGUAUUUGUGAAGACCCAGCAACCACCAGCAACGGAUCAGAGCAGAUAUCUCAAACUAGUAGAUGCGCGCUGCAUCAUAAUGCAAGUUUCGAAUGGUACUGCACCGAAUGCAAGGAAUUUCUGUGUGAAACGUGCAGAGCAACCCACAGGAAAGCCCAUGUUCAGAAUUCAGACCAAGUGAUGCCCAUCGCUGAUGCUGCACGUAAUGCGCGCAGAGGAUUGGAGCAGAAAGUAUCGGAGCAAGGCACAAAACGCCUGAACAUAAUCAGCACUGCUCAAACAGCAGCCAAUGCGUCAACCGAGUUGCUUGGCGAAGCGUACCGUGCUUUGUCUGCUGAUAUCACUGAGGCGUUCGCGAAGUUGGAAAAGUUAUCGAAAGAGCGCUGUGAUGAGCUGCUGAGAGAAGCGCACACGAAGUACUGGAAGCAGUCUAGUGUGUUGGAACGUCGCGUCGAGAAGCUGAAAAGGAAGAGGACACGCCUUACACGAAUGUAUGGUUUGAUUAAGUCCAGCACUGAAGACAUCGAUUUCCUGAGACUUCAUCCUUGGUUACUGGGGAAAAUGUCUGAAGAGAACAAGGAUUCUGAGACGACACAGCCGUUAACUGGUCUUGAAAUGCCGAUGUUCAAGUCGAAUCGCCUGGACGCUGCAGUCGAGGUUUUCCGGAAGAUUCCAAGCAUAAAAGCAGCUGAUGCGGACCCUGAAGACUUUCAGGCUACCUCCAAUGCUAUGAAUUACAAGUUCAGCCUUGGCCAAUGUCCCCCACAGCUGGUGCUAACGAACGACGAUCGCACUGUCUACUGUAAGGACAAGGCCUCUAGAGGUGCGUGUGUCGAGCCGUUUAUUCAAGUUGGAACAGUAGCAACGGCAAAGUUCCGUUUUCACCAGUCAGCCUACACAAACUCAGUGGGUGUUUGCGAUCCGCUAGAGUACAAACAUAAUGCACUAGAAAAGCAAAAAUGUGAGGUUAUGAAUCCCUAUACUGUGAACUUCUCGGCGGGAGAGAUUGCCACGGUGACAGCGGAUCGCCAGAGGCAUAUCCUGUACUUCCAAAAGGAAUCUGCACCUGGUGAGAAAUGGGUUGCUGAGAGCCAUCUUUGCAAGGAAGGAGUUCUUGCAUUCUAUGGAUGCAUUCAUCGUGACCAGUGGUCUACCUCUAUCAGUUCGCUUACAGUACUGCCACAGUGA